GGUCCAAUGCUGCUGUGGGCCAACAGGAGAGGGAAGGCUGGGUGGGGGCAGAACAGAAGGGAGAGGACAGCGGGGCAGACAUUCUCCCAACACCUGCACCUGGUCACUAGAUUCACACUCAAACAGCCUCAAACUCCCUUUUAAAGGAUCCGCGGACACAACAUCCUGCUCGCAUCACGGUGAUGGUCGCUGCCUUCCAGGCGUAAACUUUUGGAUAGAGUGGAACAAGCGUUCAGGGAUCAGCUGUGUGUUUUCCCCUUUUUCUUUUAAUGUUUCAUGGAAGAAAUGCAGUCGGUUCUGGCGACUGAUUAGACAGCGUUUUAUUUAUUUUUUCUUCUCUGGGGGAAUUUGCAAACCUAUCGGAUUGUUUUGUGCCUGCGCAGUGCUGCUGAGAGAGAUUUUUCCAAUCCAGCUCCGAGGCGCAAAACGCGGGGAAUGCAGCGGUAACAUCCCGCAAGUUUUGGAUCAGAGAGGCUCAGCGGCUGUCGAGACACUCAGAAAAUCAAAGAUUUAGAUCUCUGUGGGCUACCUGCAUGACUGUUACCAUGACAGCAUCUGGAGCCCAACUCCUCCUGUUAGCCUUGUGUGUUUACAGAGGCUCGGGCCUGCAGCAGUCUGCUCCCAGGGUUCGCCUCUCCUUCAAAGAACUGAUGGACACUCGGGCAGCACGGCCCUUCAGUUUCUCCUUCAACACCAGCGACUACCGCAUCCUCCUGAUGGAUCAGGAUCAGGGCCGUCUUUACCUGGGCAGCCGGGAAUACCUGGUGGCUCUGGACAUGCACAAUGUCAACAAGGAGCCACUCAUUAUCCACUGGCCAGCGUCUGCUAAGAGAAAGGGAGAAUGUCAGAUGACAGGAAAGGGAAGACAGGGAGAAUGUGCCAACUUUGUAAGGUUGAUAGAACCGUGGAACCGCACCCACCUCUACACCUGCGGAACGGGGGCGUACCAGCCCAUCUGCACAUUCAUCAACAGAGGCUGGAGGGCAGAGGACUACCUGUUUAGGCUGGUCCCUGGGUAUGUGGAUUCAGGGAAGGGAAAAUGUUCCUAUGAUCCCACACAGGAGAACAUUGCGGUUCUAAUCAAUGGUAACCUAUAUGCGGGGGUCCACAUUGACUUCAUGAGUACAGAUGCUGCUCUGUUUAGGACCAUGGGAGGGAGAACAGCAAUCAGGACAGAGCAGUAUGACUCCAGGUGGCUCAACGAGCCUGUGUUUGUUCAGAUCCAGCAGAUCCCUGACAGUGCAGAAAGGAACGACGACAAACUUUACUUCUUUUUCCGUGAGAAGAGUCUCGACUCAAGCGGUGGGGCGAGCCCCAGCGUUUUAGCUAGGGUGGGAAGAGUGUGUCUGAAUGAUGAAGGAGGGCAGAAGUCCCUGGUGAACCGCUGGACGACGUUCCUGAAGGCUCGUCUUAUCUGCUCAGUGAUAGGAGAAGAUGGAGUGGAGACACGGUUUGAUGAACUACGGGAUGUGUUUAUUCAACCCACACAGGAUGAACGAAACCCUAUGGUGUAUGCUCUCUUCACCACAGCGGGCUCUGUGUUCAAGGGCUCAGCAGUCUGCGUCUACUCAAUGGCUGAUAUCCGCAACGUUUUCAAUGGGCCGUUUGCCCACAAACAUGGUCAUAAUUACCAGUGGACAGAGUACACUGGCAAGAUCCCCUACCCAAGGCCUGGAACAUGUCCAGGAGGAACCUUCACCCCUGGCAUCCGCUCCUCCAAGAACUUCUCAGAUGAGGCUGUGGAUUUCAUCAGAGCCCAUCCCCUCAUGUUCCAUCCCGUUUAUCCUAUCCACCGCCGCCCCCUGGUGGUGAGAACCGGCGUGGACUACCGCUUCACUGCCCUGGUGGUGGAUCAGGUGGAUGCUGUGGAUGGACGCUACGAGGUGCUCUUCUUGGGGACAGAUCGAGGCACUGUGCAAAAAGUUAUUGUUUUGCCCAAGGACCCGAUCAGCAUGGAGGAACUCACUCUAGAGGAAGUGGAGGUUUUUCGGACCAGGGCUCCUGUCAAAACAAUGAAGAUAUCUUCUAAAAGACAACAGCUGUACGUGUCAUCGGACGCGGGCCUGACCCAGGUGUCGCUGCACCGCUGUGGUGUGUAUGGCAGGGCCUGCUCUGACUGCUGUCUGGCCCGGGACCCCUACUGUGCCUGGGAUGGAGAGAGCUGCUCUGCCUUCACCCCCUCCACCAAGAGGAGGAGCAGAAGACAGGACGUUAAACAUGGUGACCCACUGAGGCAGUGCAGAGGCUUCAAUGCCAAAGUGGAGAAACGUCUAAGAGAAACAGUGCAGUUUGGGGUGGAGGGCAGCAGUACCUUCUUAGAGUGCCAGCCUCGCUCUCCUCAGGCCACCGUCAAGUGGCUUUUCCAGAGGGAAGGAAAGAGGAAAGUGCUCAACCGUGUGGGAGGUCUCCUGAAGACCAACCACGGCAUCCUCCUGAAGUCUCUCAACCAAUCAGACGCGGGUCUCUACCACUGCCUCGCCACCGAGAACAACUUUAAACACACAGUGGCCCGCGUGGCGCUGCGCAUCCUGGAUCGAGACAUCGUUUUAGCUCUCACUGCUCAAGAUGAGGACGAAGAGCCAAAAACUCGCCAAGCGGGAACGUAUCCACAGUCAUCCCUCGUCUCCACGCCUUUCCCGCCUGAGAUUAGACUGAUUAAUCAGUACUGCCAGUCCUACUGGGAACAGCUUAGUCCCAAACAGCAGCAGCAGCGCAAGCGAACCAGCCGCAGACACACAGAGAGCCAGGACCAAGGCCUCGGCUAGAGGACGGGGCUGACGCUGUCCAACACUGGCCUGUCUGGACUUUAUGGUGGACUUUUAUGUUUGACAUGCAUGUUUUGGUGUUACCUCCAUUCAUUAGGCUGGUGAUGCUGUCAUGCUGUCGUUAAAGAACUAUAUUGGUGGUUUUGCAGGUGUCAGCCUAAACACAGAUUUUGUAUGUUUUACAUUACUGAUGACCACUUUUCAAAGAAUACUGUAUGUUUCAUUCGGGUAUCGGUUCAUGUUAGUUUGACAAUCAAAUCAACUCACAGACUUGAUAUUUGAUUGCAUAUCAUAGGGAUUGUUUUAAAACUUUUUCUUGUUGGUACAUUCAGGUGACUGUAGGAAAUCCCAGCGUCAGUGACUUGAGAAUCACUGUGGAAGAUCAACAUUUUUAGUGCAAGAAACCAAAAAAAAAAAAAAAAACACACUUUUUCACAAUGUCCAUGUUUGCUUAUUAUUUUUCUUUUAAAUUGAUCCCAUGACAAAAUAAAAGUUUCUGCCACUGAUCAUUAAUUGCCAGAUGUUGGAUGGUCCUUGAAAGCACCACAAAGGAAGAGUUUGCAAAACACAACUGGAUUACCAACUGUAAUGUUACUGUGACAAAGGAAAAAAAAAAAAAAA